UGAUAGUAUGAUUGUUUUAGGUCAAUUAAUUUAACUUUCGUAGCAGUUGAUUAUAUGUAACAUUUUAAAGUGUAAUUUAAUCGUAAACAUUUGUGAAUACAGUUCCGCUUAUUUCCUGCGGCGACCUAUUAAACGAUCUGCGCACGGAUAUUGCGCGCUCGCAUAUAGUGCCGUUAAAUUUAUAGGAUCACCUUGACACGGUUGCUUGGCGUCAGAAGCAUCAUUUGCUGCGGACGGUCCUUUGGAGAAUACUUGCCAGCUCAGCUCUCCUCAUGCCGCACUGUAAGCCUCAGGACAUGGGCACAGCCUUCAUCCAGACCCAGCAGCUUGGCGCUGCCAUGGCUGACACCUUCCUAGACCACAUGUGCCUGCUGGACAUCGACUCAGAGCCCACCACUGCCCGCAACACUGGCAUCAUCUGCACCAUCGGACCAGCCUCCCGCUCAGUGGACAUGUUGAAGGAGAUGAUCAAGUCUGGAAUGAACAUCGCUCGCUUGAACUUCUCCCAUGGCUCCCAUGAGUACCAUGGAGAGACUAUAAAGAACAUCCGUGAGGCAUGUGAGAGUUUCAAGCCGGGCAGUAUCCAGUACCGGCCAAUAAGCAUUGCUCUGGACACCAAGGGCCCUGAGAUCAGGACUGGACUCAUCAAAGGGAGUGGCACAGCUGAGGUGGAGCUGAAGAAGGGCAACAUAAUCAGGUUGACCCUGGACGACAGCUACAUGGAGAACUGUGAUGAGAACAACCUGUGGCUGGACUACAAGAACAUUACCAAGGUGGUGGAGGUGGGCAGCAAGGUGUACAUUGACGAUGGCCUCAUCUCCCUCCAAGUCCAGGAGAUUGGCGCUGACUACCUGCUAUGUGAGAUUGAGAACGGGGGCACUCUGGGCAGCAAGAAGGGUGUGAACCUGCCGGGUGCGGCUGUGGACCUGCCCGCUGUGUCUGAGAAGGACAUCAGCGACCUGCAGUUCGGUGUGGAGCAGGGUGUGGACAUGGUCUUUGCCUCUUUCAUCCGCAAAGCAGAUGAUGUGCACGAGGUCAGGAAGGUGCUGGGAGAGAAGGGCAAGAACAUCAAGAUCAUCAGCAAGCUGGAGAACCACGAGGGAGUGCGCAGGUUUGAUGAGAUCAUGGAGGCCAGUGAUGGUAUCAUGGUUGCUCGUGGUGACCUGGGUAUCGAGAUCCCCACAGAGAAGGUCUUCCUUGCCCAGAAGAUGAUGAUUGGACGCUGCAACAGAGCUGGCAAGCCAAUCACCUGCGCAACACAGAUGUUGGAGAGCAUGAUCAAGAAGCCCCGGCCCACACGUGCAGAGGGCAGCGAUGUGGCCAACGCUGUUCUGGAUGGAGCUGACUGCAUCAUGCUGAGCGGAGAGACUGCGAAGGGAGACUACCCUCUUGAGGCAGUACGCACACAGCACAAGAUUGCUCGUGAGGCGGAGGCGGCCAUGUUCCACCGCCAGGUGUUUGAGGACCUGCGCCGAUGCACGCCCCCCUCCACCGACCCGGCCGAGGCCAUCGCCAUCGGGGCCGUGGAAGCCUCCUUUAAAAUCCUGGCCUCGGCUUUCGUAGUGCUCACUGGCUCUGGCAGGUCUGCCCACCUGAUCUCCCGCUACCGUCCCCGUGCCCCCAUCAUUGCCGUGACCCGUAAUGGGCAGACUGCCCGCCAGGCCCACCUGUACCGUGGCAUCUUCCCCGUGUUUUACAACAAACCCGCUCACGACGUCUGGGCAGAGGAUGUGGACCUCCGAGUCAACUUCGCCAUGGAUGUUGGCAAAGCUCGAGGAUUCUUCAAGGCCGGUGACGUCGUCAUCGUGCUUACCGGCUGGCGUCCAGGCUCCGGUUACACCAACACCAUGCGUGUGGUUCCUGUGCCCUAGACAUCAUUGGACAGCCCUUUUACUCCUCCCCUCCCUUCUUUCCUUCCUCUCCUCCAUGCAAGUAGGCCUGGUAGAAGGGUACAUCUGUCGGUGAGGUCUCCCUGGCCUGGUUCCCCCUUUAAAGGGCCAGUUUUGGCAGCAGUUCUUCUCAGUCUGCUGAGUGGUUGUUUUGUGUUUGCAUUCUCGUCUUUUUUUUUUUUUUGGCGCAGGUGCCAACCAACACACACACAGUCCUUCAUUCCUGUUCGGUCACACGCGCAUCACUUCUUGCACGCCUAACCACUUUACACUUGACGGACCUAAGCCUGGGAGUCGGGGCUGCCUCUCUGUGCGCCCGUCACAGUAAGCCAGGGGCCGAGCCACUCAGCUGCCGCCCCUGCCCACACCACGCUGCUGGUCAUAGAACAAGCUGUGGCUCAUUGAAACAAAAAUGACUCCUUGUAUGGCUUUUGUCUGCACUUUCCAGCACCAUGACAGAGGGACCUGUAGUACCUGUAGUGGGGUGUUUUUUUUUUUUUGUUUUUGUUUUUUUGUUCCUUUGUGUGCGCUUAUUACUUUUGUGCAUUCUUCCUGCACUGUGCUUGUUUUGCAUUCCCAGAUCUACUGUAGUCAAUGUUACAUCCUGUAUACUUGAGUCUGGUAUAUGUUUGGGUAACCAAUGCCACAUUAUAUUUUUCCUAACAUAGAAAUAUUGUUGGAUGCCCUUUAACUUUAUUCUACUGAUUUUAAAUUUAACAGGGGGAAAAGUAGUGGAAAGCCUUUUGUGGUGUUAAAUAUUUGAGGGCAGUAGAGAUGUCAGUUUAUUAAAAGAUGUGACAACAGAGAUAUUAAAGCUGAUCAGUCAGGUAGGGUCCUGUAUACUUCCUCCCUCUGUCCAUGUGUGCUCCCUCUUGUGUGUGCAAAUGUCCGUGCGCAUGCUCUUGUGUGCGGCCUAUUAUCCGCCUGCUUCUCUUGUGACGUUAGGGUUUAAUGACUUGUAAAGAUGCAUCAACCUUGUUUGUGUUGCGUUGUUGAAGACUGGAUCAGUCAAAUAAAAGGCAAGAACACCAGA